CUGGACAAGGAGCGCCUCGCGGCCGCCCUCGAGAAGCAGCGCCGCGCCGCCAAGGAGUCCGUCGAGACCGACGAGCGCAAGCGCAAGUUCAACUCGCUCAAGGCCAACGAGGAGGACGUGACGGAGGAGGACAUGGAGGCGUUCCGCCUGGUCAAGCCCAGGGCGGAGGACCCCAUGGCGGCCAUGCGGCGCGCGGCAGCGGCGGGCGGCGGUGGGGCCGGCGGCUACGACCUGCUGGACUGA